GCUUUUCAAGGCGAGAGGGCGGAAGCUUUGGGGGUUUUUAUUUUUGUGUGUGUGUGUGUUUGUGUCGUGGGGGGUGCUUUUAAAUUCAAGGCUUUUCCUCACGCGGUGAAACCAGAGCACGAGGUGAGGCCUGGGGCUUAUAAGAAUAACAGUAAAAUUUUAUUUAUAUCCCGCCCUCCCCAGCCGAAGCCGGGCUCAACAUCUUUAGCUUGCCCCAUUUCCAACGCCCCUCACAGCUAAAGCCGCCAUUUUACAGCUUCACUCUUCUCCCCCUUCUAAUACCUCCCCCCCCCCGCGGCGUGGGUGACGUCACGCGCACGUCCUCCCUCCCUCCCUCGUAUGCAAAUGAAGCCCGUGGUUGAAGCGGCGGCGUAGUUGCCCGGAUGUUGGAGGCUCCUCCCCUUUGCUGUCGACCGUUCGUGCUUCGGUUCCCCUGUCUCUCUCUCUCUCUCUCUCCCUCCCUAUCUCUAUCUUUCUCUCUCUCUCUCUCUCUCUUUCCUCCUCCUCCUCCCCCUCCCCUUCCGCGAGGCUGCGGGUCAGCGCGAGCCCACUGCGGCGAAACCGUCGUCGGCAACAACCACAGUAAUAAUAAUAAUAAAAAGGAGGGGCGGCGGCGGCGGCGGCGGCGGCGGCUCUUGAGGCAGCGCUUGCGAAGGGACCGAGCGGCGGAGGAGCGUGAGGGAAAAGAGGCGGAGGAGGAGGAGGAGGAAGGAGAAGAAGAGGAGGAGGAAGACGACGACGAGGAGAAGAAGAAGGCCGGCACUCGGCAGUGGAUUCGGCUGCGGGGAGGCUCUCGACAACCCGCCACCAUGGUAAGGACCUUCGCCGGCCGCCGCCCCCCGCCACCUGCAGGCCCUGAGGGGAUCCCGUUCUCAACCGACCGCGGAGGGGGGAGGGGAAGGGAGCGAAGGCGGCGGCGAGGAGCUCUUCCUCUCCCCCCCCCGCCCCCGCCGCGAAAGGAAGGAAAUGAAGCGCCCCCCCGCCCCCGCUUUCGGUGUGGUGUCCAUAUAUAUAUGAGAAGAGGCGCAAUCCGCUCUCUCGCUUCCUCCAUGUCAGGCCUUCUCUGAGACACCCCCCCCCUCUGGUAGAAGGCUUACCCGCCCCCUCACCCACCCGCCAGAAGCCCCCGUAUUUCCCCACUGGCUUAGCGACCUCCUUUCCGCAUCUCAUCGAGAGGCGCCUUCGGUGUCCCCCCUCAAAAAAAACACCCCGACACCGCACCCCAACCCCGCCCCGCAAAAGGAAAAACACGACACCCCCCCGCACGCAAAAAAACCAGGACCUCGUGUGUGUGUGUGUGUGUGUGUGUGUUUCUUUCCUAUCUCUCUCUCCCCCCCCCUUUACCAACAGUGGCUUUCCUGCUUUUCCGGUAGUUGCCUUCACCCAGCAGUGACCUCUCUUUCCCUGCAGUGCCCCACCCCUGGCAAAGAAUUCGUCUCCUCAAUAUGUGCUGUAUUACUUUAACCUCCCCCCCCCUCCCCACGCACGCACUUUUCACGCGUUAGUUUUCUCCCCUCCCCUCCUGCGAUUGCUUUCUUGAAAGCGCCCCUCUUUUCUGUUCCGAACUCCUCCUCAUCUCCCUGUAAAAGGAAAAAAUCCUGCAAAUUUUCUUCAUCCCACGCAGCUCCUCUUGCGUAUUCGCAUUGCUUGCUUCGCAGCAGCGGCACCCCCCCUCCUCCUCUGCAACCUUUUCUACCUUGUAUAGUUCGCUGUCACCUACUAGGCUCCCUUUCUUCUCUCUUCCCACCUCACAUGUGUGUAUAUGCCUGUAUGUAUGUAUGCUCACACAGCGAUAGGAAAUCUGGCACACGGCAUAACAUGAUCCUGCCUCUGUGCCCCGAAUAACAGCCACGGUUAUGGGUGCUUGGUGAAAACAGAUGGCGGGACUCUGUAUUUCACCCACAAGCAUGCUUUGAAGCAACUGGAAGAAUUUGCUUUUGUUUUAAGUGUGCGCGUGUGUGUCUCUUUUUAAUCAGCCCAACUGGUAGUGAAGAGGGUGGUUAAUGGGUAACUAGUUUCAGGUGGUUAGCUAUGCUAGUCCGUUGCAGCAAAAAUGGUUAUUGCAGCAUCUCGUAGAUUUACAUAUUUACUAUGGCAUAAGCUUUCAUGGACUAGGGGCCACUUCAUCAGAUGUGUAACGAAGGCUGCAAUCCUGUGCAUGUUUAGUUGGGGAUAAGUCCCAUAGAGCACAGUGAGACUUGCUUCUGAAUAAGAUUGCUUUAUAAAUCAAUAUUAAAUCAUCUUGACUAUGUGUAUAUUCAGCCUUAUGCUAUGCAUGCCUGCUUGUUAGUAUCACUGUGUUCCAUGGAAUUUACAGCCAGGUAAAUGUGCCUAGGAUUUUGCAUAGGAUCCUGCCUUUCUCAGUAGCUGUCUUAACUGUUUUGCCCUGUAGCAUUCACAGACUUCACAAUAUUCCUUUAUCCCAUUUUAAUUCCAUUACUCUGCCUGAACUUCCACAUAGUGAAAACUCCUGGAUUUGUGUUGUGCUGUAAUGAAAUAUGUUCAUAAUUUUUCAUUUCCUGGUCAGAUUUAUAUUAAUUUCUUCUUGCAGUUGCCUCUACCUGUCAUAUUCCUUUCCCUUUACUGUCCACAAGCAACCAUAGAGAAAGGUCAUUCUAAUUUCAUUUGAAGCCUUGAACCCAUUUCCAAAAUAAUUACUGUACUAAAGUGUCAUAUUAUUCAGUUGCCUUUCAAGCAUAACCUGCACAGCAAUUUUUAUUACACUUUUUAUGUAGCCUUCAUUAAUCUAGACCACACUUUACCUCAGUAUCCUCAUCAUAAUUGUCCCAACACCAUAAUUUCCUCGUAUACACCACCACAAAAAUAAUCCCCAUUCACUGAUCUUUCUCAGUGGUCCCUGAACUAUACAGAUAAACCCCCUCUUUACUAACCUUCUGCUAGGUGCUAAUAAACAGACAUGUUUUCACCAUUUAAUGCAUUAGCCACCCUUUCUUCACCAUAGGAAUGUGUCCUCCACUUGUACACAUCCUCUUUCUACAAAUUUUUAUUUUAUUUUUUAAAAUUGUGACUUAAAUUUGUUCAGGGGUCUUGUGCACCAAAACAUAAAGGCAGGAUUAAAAAAUUUAAUAUUUUUCUAGUGUGCUGGUUGGGGUUUUUUUGUGUUGUGUUUUUUUUGCUGUGGUACAGCAUUGUUUGAUCUUCAUAUUUGAACUGAGAUGCUACAGUGCACAUAGCCUUUGCACAAAGCAUGCCUGAUAAUAUGUAUUUCAGAUUCAUUAAGUAAUGUUAACUCCGGAAUAUAGGAGUUGAUACGUCCAUGACCAUUCAGGUUUCAGUGGAUAAGGAAGAUGAGGUAGAAAGGAACUGCCUACCUAAAAAUCAUGGCGAUCAAAAUUUGCUGUUCACUGCUAUAAAAUUAAUCUAGUAAUACUACUGAUGUAGUAUUUUAUGUCAACACUAGGGGUGUCUCCUGCUUGCUGCUAGUGCCAAGAAUCAACGCCCUUUUCUACAAACAUUUGUUAGCUUAAAUUAUCUAUUGCCUUUUCUUUUGUAACAAAAUAUGUUUUUUGGGGGGGGGUAGACUUGGAAAAGGUUUAUGCCAUAGCUUGAUUUUUGUAAUAUGUCAGUUGCUUAAAAUCUUUCUUAUUUGUAGCUUGUGUGUACUAUAUCUUCCAGGCUGAAAUGGUUGUAUAUUGUGAAUUAGAAAUGUGUGUCAGAAAAACACAGUAUUAAGGUGAACUGUUUUAAAAAGUGACUUAAAAUGUGAGCCAUUUGUUGAGCAUAAUUCAAAAUAGUUGCAAGCUACAUUCUUUAACAAGGUUCAGCAGCAUGUAUUGUUUUUUAUUACCUAAACAAACAAGCAAAAAAACCCCCAAGGCUUCAAUCCUAAAUAUGUAUGCUUGAAAGUGUUUGCAAUAAGUGAUUUCAACUAAGUUGUACGCAUAAUAGAUCCAUUGACAUCAAUAGACAAGUUACUUAAAUACAUUGAUUUCAGUAGGUCUACUUUGAGUAUGGCUAAUUUUGGAUACCAUCCAAUUAAAGUUAAUCAGAUUUUGUUGUUAGUAAACCUGGUUUGGAUAGGUUGUUAAAAAGAACUACUUAAGAAUAAAUAGUUUUGAGGGGUUUCAUUAUAACAAUUUGCAUUUCACGUUCAAGUAAACUCAGAGCGGUUCAUAAUCGUUUUAAGAAUAUUCUGGUGUGCAGAUUUUAUGAAAUCUGUAUCAUUAUGUUACAGGAUUGUUUUGGAAUGUUAAUUGCUAUUCAUAUUUAGCUAAGUUUCAGGUAUUUCUAUGCAAGUGGUGAUAAAUCUGGUUAAGAGAUGAAUAGAUGAAGCCUUUAGUUUUCAUAGGGUCUACCAGAAGAAUUCCACUUUUAAAUCCCGAUUGUUGCCUGUUAGAUUAUUCAAGCAUAUGCGUCUUAAUCCAGGGAUUAAGCACACCCAGGAGUUGUGCAUGCCCAACAGGUUUUUGGUCUUAAAACAGCAGACUUCCUUGCCCUAUCGCAAACUUAUUUUUUGAAAUAAAUUGUCCCUAAUAGAGUAGUACAAAGCAGCCUGGUCACACAGAAGUGGCAUUGUGGUUCCCUUGAUUGUCACAACUAUCACUACUCCACCUGCAGGCCUGGCAAACCAUUUAAAAAGGAUUCCAUGGGCAGUUGAUGGACAUGCUUAUUAUUUGAGAAGUGCUGCACUACAUUCAUACAUAAUUUUAUUUGUAUGCUGACUUUUCAGAGUUGAAACCUGCUCAAGGCAGUUUACAACAUGUAAAAAUUACAUAAUUGCAAACAUAAAAAGAAGUAAUAAUAAGCAAUAAAUAAAACAGCAAAAAGUACACAACCAAACUGAACAAUUUUCACCUAAAUCAUAAGAACAAAAAUAAGGACCCCAAAAUUAUUACCAAUAGAAUUCUCUAAGUAAUAUCCCAGCCCAAGAGUCUGUUUAGCAGCCUCAGCUUCUGCAGCUAGAGUGAGGUGGAAAAAGACCUACAAGGCAGGGAGCAGGUCUUCAGAUCUCACAGCCAUGAUGAUACAAAACUUAUAAAACAUCAUCUUUAUAUAUUUUGUAGGCAUAUAUACUGUACACUUUGGGCCUCUAUACACUUUUGCUGCAUUCAUUUUUUAUUUGUAGAGAAAAUGUGCAUUUAUUAUGCAAUCUUCUCUUGUUAAGUUUCUGUUGCUAGGAUACCAUAUGUUACCAUCGUUCAGGUUGCAAUAUUUUGUAUUUCGCCAAACUUUUGACUGAGAUUAAAAUCUGUGACCAAGAUUAUGACUCCCAUAUUUAUGUGCUGGAUGUGGAGGGGAUUCUCUCCAAGGACUGUGAACAAGAACAUCUCCCUGCAGAGGACUUGUCUCGACAGACAUUUCCCAGCCUGAGCCUCACCAAAAUGUCCCCGGGACCAAGAUGAGAGUGACUCUGUGGCCCACAACACAUUGCUCAGGAUGGACAGUCAGGCCCACAAGAUGGCUGCUGAAUUUAUUGAAACUGACACUGACUUCCUCAGGCCUCGCCAAAGCUUGGACUUGGCUGAGAACAAGGGACUCCAUCUUCCUUCUGGAAGGUGGAGAGGAGGCACAGUCAAUCCUGUGCAAUGCUUUCCCUACAGGUCAAUCAAAAUCCCUCUUCUGUAGUAGCCUCUGUAGUAUAAUCAGUUCAUCCUCAGUAUUUGAGAUUGUGGCCUGAGUCCACCUUUGAAGAGAGCAUUGACUAUAAACCCUUGACCAGAGCAGAGUUUAGAAGUAAUGUAAUACCUAUUAAAUAAGGCUUAGUCCUUGAUAGUACUAAAUAGCCUCACAGUUCAUGGUUUGGGGGAGGAGAGUCUGAAACCCUGGAAAACCACUACUGCCAGUCAGAGUGGACAAUAAUGAGCUAGAUCAAUCAAGAGUGAGUCAUAAGACAGCUUUUUGUGCUUCUCCUUGAUAGCAAACUUUGCUAGUGCAUUGUGUGGCUGGAGUGUUGCCUUCUGGAUCUUUUAUGUGAUGUCACCAACGAUGAGGGACAAGCUCUUCCCUUGUUCCCCUUCUCAGGAGCUUUCGAAUUCCAUCUUUUAAUCAAGCAAGCAAUACUCAAGAGACUAUGUACUGUAUUGCUUCAUUUCAGUAUGGAUAAUUUUAAGUACCUAACUUUUAGAGCAAGCAUCCUGGAGAGGGAAGUGAUGGAGAUAAUGUGCUGUGAAGUUACUGCAGGCACACAUCCACACCCUGGCCCUGCAAUACAGAGAUGUUUUUGGAGAAGAAAAGAAAAAUACUGAAGGAGAUUGUGAACUUCCCCAUUUGGAUUAACGACAGUUUAGUGUUGCAUCUGACCCUAAACUACUGUAUUUGUUCUUGUAUAAGACAAUGUUUUUUGCUAAAAAAAUUUAUCAAAAAUUCAGGGUUGUCUCAUACAUGGAUGGUGAAUGCACAGGUGUUUUCUUUUUCUUUUUUUUAAAAAAACUACUUACCUUCCCAUGGCUGCUGUGAACAAGCUGCUGGGACCACCAUCCCUUUCACUUACCACUUCCGCCAACCAGGCGCUGGCGGGGGUUGCUAAGCUGGUGCUGGUGAUUUGAAUAUUUAAUAAAAUAUCAGAGUUGUUCUGUUUGAUAUUUAGAAUACUGAUUUCUUAAUUUGGGGUUCAAAAAAAUAGAGGUCACCUUAUACGCGUGGGCAUCAUACACAUAAAAAUAUGGUAGCUAAUGUUGAUUGUAGUUAGUCAAAACCAGCCAGCUUUGUAAAUUGUGGUUUGUUUUUCCUACCCAGCGUUAAGCAUUAUUUGCAGUUUAUCCUUAUUCAAACAUCAUCAUCAUCAUCAUCAUAAAUAACAAUAGUAAAUAAUAAACAACAAAUUUAUUUAUACCCCACCUUUUCCCCUGAUGGGACUCAAGGCGGCUUACUGGUUAAAGCAAAAACUGCUUAAAACAUAGCAAAAUCAAUAAUAAAAAUGCAAUUAAACAAAAUCAUUAAAAUACAAUUAAGCAUCACAACAAUUUGAGGUUAGUAAAAAUGAAAGCAAACAAUUCAGAGCUCCUCAUGGCUGCACCAGAGGAGAAAAAAAAACUGUGCAAGAGCCGGAGUCCUACUGCAGUUUGUCCUCAUUUACCCUGAAGCACCACAUUAGUCCAUGUGUGCAAUUAAGCACAAAAUAUGUGUAAAGUAAAACCUUGCACAAAUUUACUGGCAUAUGCCAGUUGUCAGCUUAUUUAGCCCCCCCCCAUGUUAUUACUUCAUAUUUUAAUCAAUAUAUUUCAAAUCAAGAACCUUCCAAUAAAUAUUAAUUGAACAGCUGUAAGGGCAGUUCAAAUACCUUUAGAUAAAGAAAUACAGUGGUACCUCGGGUUACAUAUGCUUCAGGUUACAGACUCUGCUAACCCAGAAAUAAUACCUCGGGUUAACUUUGCUUCAGGAUGAGAACAGAAAUUGUGUGGCGGCAGCGCAGCAGCAGCGGGAAGCCCCAUUAGCUAAAGUGGUGCUUCAGGUUAAGAACAGCUUCAGGUUAAGAACGGACCUCCAGAACGAAUUAAGUAUGUAACCAGAGGUACCACUGUAAUUAAGAACAGGAGAAUAAGCUGUAUCUUUCAUAGUGUUUCCUAUGGCCCAUCAUUUUGAAUUUCAGUUUAUCAGUAAACGUUAAAAACCUCAAAGACGCAUAUCUUUUAGGAUGUGAGCAAAGUGGGAUUAGUGUUUCUAAGCUGAGUUGUUGUUUGGAUCACAUGUACAUGCAUAAAUAACUUUAAUAGGGGUAUAUGUUCAGUUACGUCCAUUGUUGGCAGAUUUGCAAAUAAGUAAUCAGUACUGACCAGCUUUUGAAAUUCCUCCAUUUCAAGUAUGCCAUGAGGCAUCGUGGAUUGAAUUAAAUCAAGGCAAUUUAAAUCAACAGGGGGGAAAUGCCAAUUUAAAUAAGUGAUUUUAAUCAUGUUUCCUGUUGAUUACUUCAUAUAUUUCCUAAGCAGCGGUGCAAAUUGAAUAUUAAGCCAUACUAAUUUACAGUUAAAUAGGGUAUUACUUAUAUUGUUUCUUUCACCACAGUCUUGCGUGUCACACUAUAUAUAUUUUGCAGGUUUUCCUUUUCCUUUUUUUUUUUUUUACAAUAGAAGGAAUAGGCAGAAACUAGUGUGUGUAUAGACUUCUGUUUGCACAACCGGAAUUCACUUCUUCUCCUGCACAGCCCCAAAAUCUGUUAGAGUAGAUGUUUAGGGUUUGCAGAGGACUGUAGGAGAGAUGGGGGGACUGCAAAGUUCCAUUGCGCAAACAGAAGUCUGUUAAGCUCACUUGUAGACAGUGUUGUAUGCAACCCAGUGUCUUUAAUAUAUUUAUUUUAUAAAACUUUCUUAACACGAAUAGCCUUGACAGUUUGAAAGAUGGAAAGUAUGGGAAUAUAGGAACCUGAAUCCUGGAGGAUGUUACCUUCUUUUCAAUAUUUUUCAUUUCUGCUUCACUUUGCCUUAGCGUAGCCUCAUAAAAAGAAGGUGGUAAACAAGAGAUAAAAUGCCCAUGACUGAUAGUUCUUUGGCAGACAGGCUGAUUUCAUCAGGUGGAAAUGAAAUUCUUACGUUUAGUAAGUACGAGCAUAAAUAUUCAUAUCUGAGAAAUUGACAGACUGAUUCAGCUUUUGCACACAAAAGCUUUCUGUGUAAGAGGCUAACAUGCUUUUAUAGAUAUGAUUUGAUAAUUAAACAAAUUAUUAUUUAAGAUAAACUUGGUAUUUAUUUUUUAUAAACUGAUUUUUUAUAUAGAGAAAGUCUUGCUUCUUGUUCAGUUUGUUUUGACACAACAAGGGGAUUUCUGGACAGGCAAAAGAAACCUAAAAUCCAUUUGGACUCUUGGAAGUAGUUUCAUGCUUUUUUGGACCGGAUCUGUGUUCUAUACUCUGUGUAUAACUUUUUACUAAUAGUCAGCAGUAGUAAUUGUAUAUAUGAACAAGCUGUUAUUGUUCCUUAAUUCUGACUGCAUGUGAUUAUUCAUAAAUCUUAUCCAAAGUCAUUUUUGACAGUUUUUAUAAUACUAGAGGUUUACUACUAGUGACACUUAGGUUUGGUGGGAAAUAAAUGCUCAAUAAAGUUCCCUAGUUAGUCAGUGGGCAUCAAUUUUAACUGCUAUGGCUUCAUGGAAUACUGUUUCAUGAACAAAGGGCAUAAUAGGUGUGUAGCAAGUUAUCACUAGUAAUCUCUCUGGUUUUUCCAAGGUCUGGUUAACUAGUGACCAGAUUUUGCUUCCUUUCUUCUCCCUUCUAUAUGAUUUAGGUUUUCUUAAUUGUCUGCUGAAGUGUAAAGGUAAAGGGACCCCUGACCAUUAGGUCCAGUCACGGACAACUCUGGGGUUGCGGCGCUCAUCUCGCUUUAUUGGCCGAGGGAGCCGGCGUACAGCUUCUAGUCAUGUGGCCAGCAUUACUAAGCCGCUUCUGGCAAACCAGAGCAGCGCACGGAAACGCCGUUUACCUUCCCGCCAGAGCAGUACCUAUCUAUCUACUUGCACUUUGACGUGCUUUCGAACUGCUAGGUUGGCAGGGCUGAAGUGUAUACUGUACUGCUAAAUAGGUCCAUUUCUGCGCUGUACCUUUUCUUUUGGCAUGCUGUUAUCUGGAUAGUGCACCUGAGUUGGAUAGCUCUUGUGGAACAAAGAUGACAUUUGGAUGAUUCCGAUUUAUAAGCAAAUAUUUGUGCUCAUUGCUUCCAAUUUAAUAUUAGAGGCAGAACAUUAGUAGCAAACCUACUACUUUAUAGCAGUGUUAGUGGUCCCCGAUUUACCUACAUGAUCAUAUAUAUAUAUAUAUAUAUAUAUAUAUAUAUAUAUAUACACACAGAAGAUUUUUUUUAAAAAAUAGCCAUUCCCCCCACAUGUCAUCCAAAGCAAUUUUAAUAAUGAACAAGUACUACAGAUCCUGAAGAGAAAAUACUGUUGCUACAUAGCUUUAGUCUUUUGACUGGAAAUGCUUGGAAUCUAUACUCCUCUUUAUAGAAAAUUAUAAAUUCUGCUUAUGGCUGUGGUUUUGAAAGGGCACUUAUUUCUCAUCAAGUAUUAAGUUAACAGUAUAAGAGUUGAAAAUGCUAGUGUUCCUGUCCUUUUUUUAUAAUGUGACUGUUUUGCCUUAAAAGGUUUCAUAUAUUGGUAAUCAACUUUUCAUAAUGCCUUUGCCCUGGAGAUUGUUUUGUGUUUGUCUUAAUUCCAGUUAAGAUAAACCAAAGUUGGCCUUGGAUUUUGGUUUCCAUUUUCUAUGCUAUCAACUUUAAAAUUUAGGUGAAGUGCUUCUUUGUUAUUUGAUAAUAAGGAAUCAAACUUGCGCUGAUCUGUUGCAAAUCAUCUGGUGACCUUCAGAUAGAUUCCAACCCCACUUCUGCCCACUCCUCCUUUUGAAGAUGAAUUGAGCUAUGGCAAUAUCACAGUCCAAGCUGGUUUUUUAAUAAUGCUACUGUUUAAAUGUCUGUAGAGAGGGUUAAGGCAUUUUCCUCUCUCUUAACCACUAAGCAAAUGAAAUAUUCCAGGUGUGUCUGCUGUAUAAAAGUGGAGUUAUUAUAUAUUCUUUUAGAGUUCAUGGAUAGGACCCAAAAUUAUGCUGCAGGCAAUGAAGGGUUGUUGUUGUUUCUUUAGUUUAGUACAAGUAUUUUCUUUAAUUGCUUGAUUUCCAACAUACUAGUAUGCAUCUGUGUUUUGUACUUUUUGAUGUAACAUCUGAAAAGGUAAGAUAUGCUUCUCUCUGCUAUAAUAUGUGUGGACCUGACAUGUUUUGGAUCAAAUCCUUAUCAUUCUCAUGAAAAGCAAGGGAUAUUUUAGGGAAUAAAUCUCAUUUCAAGUGACUGGAGUAUAUUCCUUUCGUCUAAGAGUCAGGCUGAAUUUGUAUCUUUAAAGAGAAAUUAGCAUAUGUAUUUUUUAUACAAACUUGUGUCAUGCAGCUGUGCUGAUGCCUCACAAUGCCCCUGCUACUGACACACACCACUUAGCAUUCUGUGUCUCAGCUGAUUGUGGCUAUCUCCCAUUUCCUCUGAAUGCUACAAGAUCUGUAUUUCUGUUACUCUGAACCAUAAAACUUAAUAGACUCUCACAGCCUGCCUGACCUCUGGUUCCUUUUAGACCAAAGAAGAGAAUCUCUGGCUCUGCUGGUGGUGUUGGACUACAUGUUCUAUUACUCCUCUUCAGCAGCCCUUCUGGCUGCAGCUAUUGAGCGUUGAGGUUCUGAUAAUAUCUGGAAGACCACAGAUUUCUUAACUCCUAAUUUAGACCCCCAACCCACUUGGUGAAAGUGAGAUCUGACCAUAGAAAACUAUGGAGAAAUCCAGGAAUUUAGUGUAGUUAUGAGAGGACAGCAGAGUCUUCCCACCCCACAUUACCAUACAGAAAGUAGCAGCAAACACAGACUGUCUCUGGCUUUCACUGUGAACCUGACAGUUCCCCCACUAGACUAUUGGAUAAGUUGUUUUCUUAACUCUAGUCCCUCAGCCUUGGAAACUUGCAGAUGAUUGCUGCACUGUUUUGGAGAAACUCAAACAUUAUCUGUCUUUUUAAUUUUCCAUUCUGAUAGGCAUUCAGUCACCCAAGUCUGCUACUAGAGCAGUGGUAGGGAACCUCUGGCCUGCAGGUUUAAUUUUGUCAGGCAGUGGUCCUAAUUUGGCCUGUGAGGCUGUUUCCCCCAAAUCUCACCAUUUGCCCCACACCUUACAUGAUACACUUCCAGUUGGUCCUUGGCAAGUUAGAAUUGCAAUGCAUUUCCAAUUGUUGGAAUUCUUGUAAGUGCCAGCUAGCUGCCGAUGGAUCAAUCUGUUCCCUGCCACUGAUGCCCCUACCAGAUUUAUUGUCUAUGCUCAUGCAGCAACAAAUCCAAAAGCACAAUACUGUUAUAAAUUCCCAUGGCACCUUAGCCACUAUGUAUCAAUAAUAAUGAUGUUCCUAAUGAUGUUACCUAUGUAUGAAAGCUGCCAAUCAAUACAUGGCCUAUUGAUUAUUUGCUCAUAGCGUUGUUGGAGCUACUUAGAUCUGGACAAAUCUGUGGGAAGGGUUUGGCUGAACACCUAUAAUGGUAAUUUGAGAUGCUUCACAGCUGUUUUGAACUAGCAUGCACACAGAUAUGUUGCAGCAUUCUCAGUGGGCACAGAAUACAGUGGUGCCCCGCAAGACGAAUACCUCGCAAGACGGAAAACCCGCUAGACGAAAGGGUUUUCCGUUUUUGAGUUGCUUCGCAGGAUGAAUUUCCCUAUGGGCUUGCUUCGCAAGACGAAAAUGUCUUGCGAGUCUUGAGAUUUUUUUUCGCUCCCCCCCCCCUUUUUCUAAGCCGCUAAGCCGCUAAUAGCCUUUUAGCAGCUAAGCCGAUAAGCCUUUAAUAGCCGCUAAACUGCUAAUAGCGCUAAUCCGCUAAGCCGCUAAUAGGGUUGCUUCGCAAGACGAAAAAACCGCUAGACGAAGACACUCGCGGAACGGAUUAAUUUCGUCUUGCGAGGCACCACUGUACUGGCUAUUGUGGUCAAGGGGAAGAGGAAUGGAGUGAAGCAAUUUAAACCCUAAACAGAAGCACUCUACACUGCAACAUUUUGUUACAGGGCCCUACUUGUUUUUGUCUAUUUAGACUACUAAUGGACAGAGUUGGUUUUGGAAGAAAUCACCUUGUAUGGUUACAUUUCAAAGUGUCGUGCAGCUUAGUAUUUUUUCCUCCAUUUCUGCAACCUUCCACAAUUCAGGCAAUCAUUUUGUUAAAUACAUUUUAACUUUGGAAUUUAUUUAUUCCUGAAGGAAACAGAUUGGGUCUCUGGGUUCCCUUCCAUUCAUAUAACUAGUCCUUCAGUGAAAGGAAGAGCGUGUGAUCCAAUGGAAGCUUCCACUUAGAUGAAAAUUGGCUCCUCCAUUCUAUAUCAUACUACCUUUUUAAUCUGUGACACUAUCUCACAUGCUGUCCCUAUGAGUCCCCCAAACGUUGGGAGCAGAUUUUUUGAGGAUUCAAGUUGCUACAUGGGAGGGGAAAUAUGUGAAAAUUGCUUUUCUUCUGGUUAUGUGUUUGAAGCGCCCUUUCUGUUGCUGUGGAUGGAAAUUAUUCCUACCUUUGAAGAGCUUCUUAAGUUUCACCUGACUAUGUUGUGUAUAUUGAGUGUUCCUGCCUCUCUGGUGCUUCUCUUCUGGUCACGUGAUCUUUUAAGGCAGUUGUUGUCCACAGUAGGCAUGCAUAUAGCUGCUGGUGGCAAGCUCUGAAAUAGGCAUGCAUAUUGAAAAGUGCAGCACUCUUAAGAAAACUGAGCUACAUAUUUGCCAGCAAUUGUAGCAGAUUUCAGAACUGAGUGGGAUUAAGGCAGGCUCAAUUUGUAAAAGAGGGUCUUUCUGUUUGCAUUAAUAUUGAUGGUCAUUUCUCCAAUGCAAAGAAUUAAUUUUAAAUAGAGACUGAUUUAGAAAACAAUGAUGUCAUUCUAUCCCUGUUCUAAGGGGCAUGACUUUAUAAUAUUUCUAAAAAUGCACAGGCUGGUCAUUACUGCUCUAUGGUGAAGAAAAGCUACUCUGUCGUGCUUAGAGGCACAUAUCUUUUAUGGCUAAGUUUUGACUCUAAAUACAGGAUUUGGAACUGAGCCCUCCAACCUUCUAGUUAUUAUGUGAAUGACUAUGAGUAAUUAUUUCAAAAUAAUCACAUUAACUAGCACAGGGCAACUACUUCCAUUAUAAGCAAGUGUUUAAGUCAUGGAGUAGUAUUUCUAAAGGUCUAGUAAAUUGUGACAUGUUUGCUAGCCUACAUGGAAAGGUAACUGUGAUCUGAUGAAGUAUCCCUUAAGAAAGCUCAUGCCACAGUAAAUUAUUAGUUAGUCAAUAUAAUGGAAGGCUGGGUUUUUAAAUCAAAGUAGUGGCGAAUGGAAAACUGAUCUGUAUAAAAGGUUGGGGGAAAGACACUUUCUAAAUGAACACAUGGCUCAUAUUUUAUAUAGAGGAAAAGAAGUGUAAAAUCUCUAUUAUGUUACAUCUGCAGCAGCAACGCCAGGCAGGUCCAACACCAGUACCAGGCAGGUCCGGCACCAGCAAGCAGCCGCACCAUUCUUCUGUGAGUUUAAUAGAAUCAGAAGUAGCAUAUUCCUUUUAAUUUACUACUAUCAUGUUUGUCCUUUCAACAGUCCUAUGAGGAGGUAGACUACUAUUAUUUCCAUUUAUAGGGAGUCUGUAGCUGAGAUGCGACUUUAUCUUCUAGAUUAAAGUCAAGGUCUCUGUUCAUUGACUCUCAAGUUAGACCAACCUGAAUAAAACUGGAAUGAGGAAUUAAUACCAAACUGAAGUAUACUUGAAGAGGAAAAUAGAUGUUGAGUGUGGAUUUUUUCAUACGGAACUGAAUUUUAAAGCUGAGCAGGUUCGAGGCUACAGACCAUGCUCACGGAGUGAAGUAACCUCAGAUAUGACAUAAUUUCAUUAGCUUUUUCAUGUUUUUGAAGUAUGAAUAGGUCUAUUUCGGUCUUGCAUUUAUGUCUUAACUGUUUAAAACUGAUCAUUAUGAAAGACAAAAAAUCAGGAAAUUUUAGCUGCUAAGAGUACAGGGUAAUGUUUAGAUGGGAGCAAAGUUCAAAAAUCUAGAAAAGCACAACUCCAAAAGUGUAGUUAACUUACUUUAUAUUUGAUGCAGGAGCACUGAUCCAGGAAUUCCAAGCCUUAGCCACAUUUUAAUAGAUUCAAAACUGAAGAACCUAACAAGACAUCACAUACAUUAGAGUUUUCAGUGGGAGUUAAAAAUAAUACAUGAUCCUUUUGCAUCAAAGCAAAUGCAUUUUGUACCUUAAAGCCUUUUUUAUUUUUGUAGAGCAAUAUUCUGCCAAAUUUUAUGUAAAUGUUUGGAGUUUAAAUGUACUUUUUCUUGCCCUUCAGUGGCAGAAGACACUUGGUGUUAUGGAUAUCUUUUGUUACUACCCUUUAGUAUCUGUUUUAUUUAUUUGUUAAAUUUCUAACCUACCCUUCCUCCCAAAGGAGCCUAGGGCAGCAAUUUUCCUUGAUUUCACAGUUUGGGCUAGCUUUAUAAGCACUAUUGUUUUAGUUUUUAAGUCUGUAAGUAAUACUAAAUUAAUUAAAUACAUGUCUAUAGUUAGUUAUAUGUUACUUGCCUUCUGACGGCUUACAGAAGAGCAGCAGCUCAUUGCAAUUUCUGUACUAGGCACACUAGGCACAGGGGAGGAAUGAAGUGCUUCAUGCCUUCUCCACCAGCCUGUUCAUUUGUCAUGCACUUGCCUGUGGUUGUCAGGAUAGUGCCUAAAUACAAGGCUGUUUCAAAAACACUUAGGUAAAUUAACAUAAUUUAUCAGUAUUUCUAUCCGAUUUCUUUUAAAAAAAUCGUGGAGUGUGGACCUCCAGCUUGAGCUCAUUUCUCUUUAAUUCGGUGUACCGGGCUCAUUAUGUUACUUACUUUUCUUUAAGAAACAUCAGAGCAGCUUAUAUCCAACAGUGUUCCAUCCAGGCACUUUAUGUCACACUAGCUAACUGUUCAGUUUUGUUCAACAAAAAUAAAGAUGAAUAGGAGAGUGGUAGGUUUGUCCUGCUUACAGAGGUUUCUAGGUGGGCUUCAGGGAAGAUUCUAGCAGUGUUUGAAAUUAACAAGGCGCCAGGUGCAUUUUGCACCUGACUAUUGGCCACUUGCAACCAAGUGAAGAUGCCUGGGCAUGGCACCUGACAUCUCCGUCAUCUGGAGAGUCAUGCCUGGGGAUCAUUGGAUCUUGACACACACUGAUACCCCAUCCUGUAGAAUUCUAUCAGUUAUAUUUUACAUGCACAAUCAGAAUGAAUUUCAGGAACCAAAAUGCAUUUUUCUGUGCAGCCUGAGUAGGAGCAGUGAAAAAUGUUGUAGUUGAUUGUUGUAGUUUGCCUUCACUUACCCCACCCCACUGCCCUGCUCACAGUUGUGAAGAAUAUUCCUAUGUUAUGAAUGGUCACCAUUAAGAAAAAGAGGUAGGAAUAGGUCAAUAUAUAUAUGUGGACUGUCCCUGGAUCAAGAGACUUUUCUUUUUUAAGUUCUCAAAGUUCUUAAUCUAGCUGAAGGUUGUCAGAUGUUUUAACUGUUAACUAGCCAAAUGUUUAACUGAUAAUCACAAUCAGGCCCAUCAGUUGAAAAAUAAGACUUUAGAGCCAUCUUGCCCCCCAAUGGCAAGUAUACAUUCUGUUUUGGCGACUGCAACCUUAGUUUAAGAAGCCAUUUGGCGCCUGUCUUAUAUAUGAGUUUCUAACACUGGUUUCUAGGCUUUGUUGGAACCGCCAUAUCCCAUAGCUCUACCACACAUUUAUUUAAUCACAUUACACCCUACCAUUCCUCCAAGGAGCUUAUAUUAGCAAACGUGUGGUUAUCCUAUAUUCCCCUCAAAAUCUGUUUGAGGUAGGUUAUCUGAAAGAGAAUAGCCUGGUUUGCAUACAACACUCAGUGCAGUCCUAACCAUGUCUACUCAAAGUAGGUCCCAUUGAAUUCAACGGAGCUUACUCUCAAGUAAGUGGAGUUAGGAUUGCAGUUUAAGUAAAGGUUUAUUAAGCUACUGUAUGUUUAAUCAUUUGAUUUUUUUUCCUAGUGGCUUAACUAGGUUUGUUUACUGUCAAAAAACAAACUCACUGUUUGUUGAUUUAAAAACCUUGGUUAAUUUUAACUGUUGCUUGGCAUUAUGUGCAAAACACUGUUCCUUUCUUAAGUGUAGAUUGUUUGGCCACCCAUCCUGGAUGCUCAUUAAGUCACAAAGGCACAAGGCUAGACAACCUGGAAGACAAUAACAAAAAACAUGCACGAAGCAAGCUGCUGAAGCAAGCUGCAGUUUCUUUGGUCAUCUAUGAGUUAACUUGUGGUUAACCAUGGCUUAGUGUUGCAUGAACAAGUCCACCUAUUGUUUUCUGAUUUAGAACCAUGAGAUAGUUUUGAUGCAAGUACAUCUUAUUCCUUUGCUAAGCAGAGCACUCUUGAAAAUUGAAAAUUUAUGGGUAGAUUGAAGAAAGCAGAGAAGGCUUUUUCUCCUUUUUAAUUCUGAUUUUGUUUUAUGGGGUAAAAACCACUUCACAGCCUGAAAUGUAUUAUAAAAAGCAUGUAUGUGGUGAUGGUUGUAUACAUGCUUAUUCACACAGGUUUGGAAGAAUAUACUUUUGGAGGGACAGUGCACUCACCUUUCCCCAGAAAAUAUGGAGAGUGCUAGGAUAGACAGUUAUUAUUAGGAUUGUAUUGUUGGUUUUUCAGUGCUAGUAGAACUACAGACUCAGUAAAAAGAACUCCUACUAGGUUUUGGGAGGGGAGACGUUAGCACUUGCAUAGUACCACAGGAGAGGGUUCUGGUGUGCACUGGCAGAGGAAGAGGGGUGCGGCGGGAGUGCACUGCCCCACGGCAGCGUGAUCCCGGUGGGGUGCCAUCAUGGUUGCCCCCUGCCUACGCUGGGCGUCAUGCCCCUGCAGGCAGUGCACCCCCGGGAUGCGCGCCAGCCAUGCCCCCGCCUGCUCUCCGCCGCCCCCCCCCCCGGUGCCAGAGCAUGAUGCUCCGCCACUGCUGGUGUGUUUGCAAUCAUGGUGGCUAAACCCCUAGAGGUGUGUGAUCCUAGUGGGCUUGGGGGGGUGGAGAUCCACAUUCUGUCAGAAGAAAUCACUGUCUCCAACCCCUCAGAUAUGCCUGCCCAAGCAUUGCAGGCCAAGGAGCUGCCUCUGGUACCUCCCCUGGUUGCACAAGAGCCAUCUCCUGAGGAGGUAGCUGGGAGUCUCAGAUGCUGAGCUGGUCCUUACCCCUUAUCCAUUUCCUAGAACACAGAAUCUCUGGCAUGUUCAAACCUAACCCAGUAGAAGGACUGCUUGUCCAGUCUAGGAACUCACCUGUUUGCUGUGCUUGCACCACUCUUCAAAGGGGAUGUGUAGCUUGUUGGUUCAACAUCUUAGCUCAUGCUUAGCCAUGCCUUUUGGCUCUCUUAUACCCACUGACUCCUGUAACCUGUGACUUGCCUUAUGUACCAGUCUGGUCUGAAAAGAAAAACCUUCAGCAAAACUGGAGUUGUGAGUUCCAGUUCUUUUUCAGUCAGGGGGAGCUCGGACACUCUGUUAUCCUGAUGCUGUGGUUUUAGGCAUACUGUGCUACACAUAGUUGAUCAGAGAAGUGAAGCAUUGCCCAUAUGGGUCUGGUCAAAGUUAACCAUGUGAGAAAAGCUUGUUGAAUAUUAGGGUUUUCACCCAUGUUACUGAACUUGGCUCAACUCAAAAAGGGUACAUUCUUAAUGCUAAUAUAUGAAUUGGUUCCUCUUACCUUUGUCGCCCAGUGAUGAGAGAAAGCCCAGGUAAGCAACUCCAUUUUAAAUAUAGGAGCAUGCUGAAAGCACGCUUUCUGGCUUCCUUUUCUGACAUAAUCACUUUCUUGUCCAAAGGCUGCAGUAAGUGGCAGCUUUGUGGCAGCCUUCAUUUUCUGUUACCAGAGCCUGCUAUUAGAAUAUUUAUCAAUCUUGCUUAGUGCAAAAGAUGGUGUCUGUAAGCUCAUGUUUUGGGGGAAGAGCAUUGUUGUAGGUGAAAUCAGCUUAACUAGGUAUUCAGCUAGUCACAUGGUGAAUUUGGAGGAUUUGUUAGGAUAAAAAAAGUUAGUAAGCAUCUUAUACACAAGAAAUUAUAAUACAAUGAAAAACAUUAUUCAUUUUGAAUUUUUGUACCUUUACUAUUGCUAUUUAUUUUUAUUGUUAAUGUUCAACUUGGUUUGUGUAAAAAACAAAUAAAAUGUAAAAAACAACAACCCACAACUAUACAUCUGUGAUUCAGUAUGGGGUAAACCAAACCUGAUUCUGGAAUUUAGUCAGGUAAGUUAUCUUUUACUUUCACUUUACCAGUGUGUUGGUUUACAGAGUAGCGUAAGCAAAAAAAAGACAGAUUCCUGCUCUUAGGCUCUUGCAAUAGUAAAUUAGGAGGGAAAGAAGCACAAUCCUAUGUUCUAUCUCUUCCACCCUCCUUGAGCCAAAAUUCCUGGCAGUAGCCACUGAAUUAAGUGUAGUUUGUACUUAACUAAUGACAAUAAAAGCAGGAGUUGCAUUAGGUGGCCCAAAGUACUACAUGGCAGGAACAGGGGUUCAGUGCUUCCUUUAAAAUAGCUGCUAGUUGGUUUGAGCUAAUCCUAGACAAAAAUGAGCCACAUACACAGUAUGUCAUAAGAGGAUUGUAAAGAAGUGUUUUGAAAAGUAACUACAAAAUAGCUACUCUUGUGUUUAUCAUACACUACUGUUAAGAUUCUCAAACUACCCUGGGUGGGAUCCAGACUCAACCUCAGUAACUGAAUGAAUGGAGGGAUGAUUUUGGUGAUUACUCCCUCUGCCCCCUCUAACCCCUCCCCAAAAAACACCCUGCUCUGGAGCUGACACUGGGGAGGGUGGGAUUACUGAAUAUAGAGUCUCCCUCUUCUCCUCCUCCUCCUCCUCAUAAAUGCUUGUUCUCUAGAGCUCCCACAAAACCUCUGUUGAUCUUGACAUUGCCAGUUAUUUUAGGAAAGUCGAAGAAGUAAAAAAGCUGUUCCUAGUUCAAUAAAGCAUGCAAUAAUCACAACUAGACUAAAAAUCAUUGGUGCUGAAGCGUAACAGUGGCUGAAUGCUGUAACAGCUUUAACCUGACCUGAUCCUGGCUGUAAUCCUAAAUCCUGCAAUCCCCUUUGCCGUGGUUCAUUAUCUCUGAUGUCUACAUUUUUAAAUGCUCUGUUCAAGAGGUAUUAAUCUUCAUUUGAAUUCCUUUAGUACUGAAGGUCACUUACAGAAGGUCACUUAUUUUAAUUUAUUGGUGAAAAUCAUAACCAUUAAAUUUGGACUGACAUGCGAUUGUUUAAUCUAAAAUCUUUACCAGGAGGCUCUCUUUAUAUACAGUUUAUCAGUUUUUUAAACCUCAGAUCUUGCCUAAACCUGACAUCUUAAUUUAAAUUAUUCUCUGAAUCAGAGGUUUUCAACCUUUUGAGUCCACUGCUCCUUUCACCAACUACAUUCUUUCUGCAGCACCCUGAAGGCUCAGGAGCCCAGUUAUGUCACCCCUUGCUUGCAGAGCUGCCAGGCUGUCACCCUUUUUCAAACACCCUCCCUUGUGGAGUGUUCCCUCAGCCUUCUCUCCUCCCCCCUCUCCUCAGAAGUCCUGUGGCCAGCUACUGUUGCCGUCCACUGCUCUACAUCAUUAACAAACACAACUUCCAUCUCUUUUUCUGUUUAGUUUGCUGUGACAUCUGAGUUUCAAAACUAUAGAUUACCCUUUGCUUUGUUCUCCAAACCAUCAGCGGAAACCAUAGUUCUGAAAUAAAUUUCCACUUUGGUAGAGAGGGCAAGCGAUACUCAUGGUUUGGUGUUUAGCUGCCACAACAAACUAGGGGUAGCCUUAAACAGGCAGUCAUGGGGAAAGAGGGAGUGUGUGAGCUCACAACUUGUUUCCCAGUCCUUCAAACCAUUGUACUGUUGUAUCGAGUGUUGAUAAAUUAGGAUUUUAAAGGGAAUGCCUGGCUUCUGGAGUGGGGAGGAAUAAUUUAGUAUGAGCUUUUGACAAAAAGAAGCUCUUGUAAGACUGAGAACAGACGUUGAAAUUAAGACUAGGAGUUGAUCAUAACUGUCUGGCCAAAAUGUGCAUUUUAAGAAUUGUAGCAAGUUCAGAAAAGGGAUGUCAUUAAUUUCUCUCCUCUUGGGAAAAAUUAUCUGGCCGGCUCAGAACUAUCCCCAGCUACCUUGCCAUCUCUCCCUCCCUCCAGAGAGAGCUUUUCCCCAAACAAACCCCAUUUCCAGGUGAGGCGGUGAAGCAGGCAGAAUCCAGACCCACCACUUCUUACCCCACAUCCAAAGACAGAUGCCCCAUUUUCUUUCAUUUUGUUUCCAACCCCAUGAGCCAAGAUCUUGCUUUUUCAGUCACCAAAUCCUCAACCUCUCCAAAAGCUUUGUUUUGUUGAGAUGGAAAUCUCCCUCUAAAGUGCUGGCUGAAAACUUCUGUUCUGCCAGGCCUAUGCAGACAAUGAAGAGGUAUCUCCCACAAUGGGUUACUGAUCUUUGUUUUUAACUUUGCUGUUUUUAACUUUUUAGCAUUUUAUGCUUUUAUUGUAUAGUUUUAUUUUAUUUUUACUGUUGUGAACUGAUUUGAUACAGUUUGGUAUAUAUUUUAAUAAAUAAAUAAAGUAUUAAUUUAUGCUGCUAGAUUUCGGAAAAAAAACAAAGUGCUUUAGAGACACAGAGAGCAAUAGAGACAAAUGGCAAAGUUCAGAUGGGACGGGCUGAGGAAAUUGGCAAAAGUUGCUUAACCCUCUUCACCGGUGAGAUUCCUUCAUUAGCUCAAAAAGUCUUCUGUGGAUGAAAGGAAUGUCUCCAUGAAAGGCAUUAUAUAAUAGCCAUUCUGUGAAGUCUAUAACUGAAUUCUGUUGAAUGUCCAAAAGCAGUAAGGACUGUUGCUUUACGUUUUCAGAAAUUGGAAUUUCUAGAUUGCAUGUCUGGACUGAGGGUAGUGUUGUUUUUUCCUAUUAACCCAUAAACUAGAGCUAUUAUUAUCAGCAGACAAGUAUGCUGUUUACAUGAUGUACAAACUAAAAUUUAUUUUGAAGGUGAAAUGCAUAUAAACCCACUAAGUUUGUAAGUUCUUCCUUGAUUCAAGAAUACUUAAAUGUUGGGCAAAACUAUCAUCUUACAUCCUUCCUUUGUUUUGUUUUUGGCAAUAGCUUACCUUCCUUUCUCUCUGCCAAGUUUCAAUUCCAAGAAGUGACAAAGUGUAAUUUUACUGUAGCGCUUCUUGUGGGAGCAGAGGGAGAGUGAUUCAUGUUGAUUGAGAUAAUGUGUCAAUACAAUAUCCACUAAGAUGGACACUGUCAUUUUACUAUGGCAACUCAUCCAUCAAUUCUAGGAAACCAAGAGUCCAGUCUAAUACCUAAUCCACUGCUUCUACUUCCUUGGCUGUAAUUUGAGCAGGUGGAGCAUUUCUUCCUAAUUUCAUUGAAACAGUAAAAUAGUAAAAAUGAAAAUUUCACAUAUAUUAUGACCUGUUUUUCAAAGCUGCCUGUUUCCAUGCAUCAUGUUUUCCACAUUCCUUUCCACAUUCUUCUCUGUUGGUUCAUUGAUCUCUCUCAUACGUUCAACUUAAUACUCCCCUCUAGUGUGUGUGUGUGUGAGAGAGAGAGAGAGUAGGAACAAUAUAAUUAUGCAAUUCUCUUUUAAGCAAUCAUAGGAAAAUAGUGAGUUCGCUUCUGAAUGGUUCCUCGGGGUCAGUGUUUUUUAAAAGAGAAAAGAUUGCUCCUGUUGCAGACGCUCCACUACAUACAGGUCCUAAUUUGCUUGAAAGUGUGGAGGUAUAACUUGCCUCUGGAACAAAAUGUGAUGAGGUAACAUGAAACUUUUUCUUUUGAGGCAGAAGACCGUAGGUGUCUUACUUGACUUGUACAGCUUCAUUCCUACCCCAUGGGUUGUUGGUAACAGCACAUUCCAGCAAAGCAACAUGGUUUGGUAGACCACAUAGCCUCCAAAUCAAUGAAAAGUAUGUUUGAUAUUUCUCUAUAUGCUUAGCAUUGCUUUUCACUAAAGGGUUGGCCAAGCGGGUCAUUGUGUUCAUUAGCCAUCCUGCCUAAACUUCUUUUGUCUGUUAUUUUUGUAUUGCACAUAGGUUAGACUGCUGUGUAGUUUUCAAAUUAAAAUAUUUGUGUUGCCUAACUUUUCUCUCCGUGUGCUUGCUCAGUAAAAGGACCACAUUCUCUUUCUCUCCACUUUUUAAGAAGUGUCAUGGCAAUCAAACAUCUCUUGGACUACAGUGGCCUAGUGAUGUGUAGGCCUCAGCAUUCAUUGUUUCUGAUAAUAGGGCAAAAUAGCUCAGAGGAACUUUAAGUUUUUGUGUUGAAAGUAAAUACUUUUUACUUUGACCAAAUACUUUUAAAUGGUCAAACAUUUUAAGGGCCUAUGAUUUAAACUCUGAUGUCUCCAUUCCUGAGAUCUACUGCUGUGAUAGAUCUGUGCAUUACAGCCAAGUCUUAAGUUGAUUCCUCUCCAUGACUAUAAAUAGUUAGUGAGUCAUAGACAACUGCUCCCCAGGUUAAGUGUCCGUCAGCUGUAGACCUCUCUUUCUGUCCUCUGGUUUUCAGUGAUCUUAAUACUAACCUUUCAGUAUCAGGUUAGAAAAUCUUCACUGCUUGAAGUCUCCUUUUUCAUCCUCCCUCAAAAGUUUGACCAGAUUCCUCUGUCGUUAAGAAGAAAAAUAAAAACAUGACAUUAGCUGUGCACUUUUCUGAGUUUGCUAUAUUACCAGUCUGGAGAGUUGAACAUUAUUAUGCUUCUUAUUUUCAGAAGACCUUGUUAUAACCUGAUACAUGCAUUGCACCUAAAGAACCCCAUUUGACGUCUGUAACUUCCUUUUCCAUUCCAUCUUAAUACUGUGACCAGAUGCAGAUUCUAGGGCUUCAUAUCAACUAAAUUUUUCCCCCCUCACCUUCUCCCCCCCCCCCCACUUCCCUCAAUUGCUCUGUUUACCAUUCCAUCCAGAAGUGUGGAGCCUCAGGCCUGGGGACCAAAUGGAGACUGCCAGCCUCUCUUGUCUGGUUCUUUACCUUCACUGUACUGUGUCUUUGAACUGUAGUAAUGUAUUUUGCUUGCCUGGAUAGAGAGGUGUAGUGUAGGAACUGCUGAGUUUAUGUUACUGAACUAUAGCUUGCCAUAGAAAGAUAGAAGUCACAUCUGUUGCUGCAGCCACUGCUGGUAUGGGGCCCAUGCAGGGUUGCCCAUGAGGCAGUGAGGUUCGCUGGCUGAAAUGAAUUCACAAUCCCUAAUCUAACAUGAUAAAGAGUUCCGGAGAACACAAAAGCUUGCACCCUGUCUUGUGAUAUUUUGGUUGGCUUUAUAAAAAUAUUUCCCUAAUGUGGAUUUUUGGGAAAAAAGCUGCACAGUGUUUGAACAUAGUCACUGGUCUACACUCUAGCUAAGCAAUGUACAGCUGUAUGGUAGGCACACCUGCAUUUGCUCAGUUUGGGGUGAUGCAUGAAUUGUGUCCACCUAGAGAAAGCAGAUCUGGCCAUAAUGACACAUGAUACAGCAUAAUCCUAACCAUGUCUACUCAGAAGUCAGUUCUGUUAAAUCCAUUGGGGCUUACUCCUAGUAUAUUAUAAACUGUAUAGAUUUGAUAGUGUCUGUACUUUUCUCUCUCAGUACUUACUUACUUGGUUAUUCCCGAAUAACCGAGUUGUGCUAUGGUGUUUGUAGAAAUAGGUGUGUUUUAUCCUUGAGUGACUUUUAAUGUUCUUGGUGCCAUCCUUUGCAGUUUCUCUGUGAGUGAAAAAACCCCAAACCCAAAUCCUUGUAAAUUAAACAGAGUAAAAGAGGGUAUGAACACUUCUACUCUGUUGUGACAAUGUGAUAAGCAGGUGCUUGGGAUUAAUACUAGAUUUGAUUUGGGGUUUUUUGAGUUUUUACUCCAGAUGUUACUGUGUGUUUAAUUGGUUUUGGCUAUUCCAUUAUUGGUAUGUUGUAUUUUUUAUACAGUCAAACCUUGGUUCCCGAACAGCUUAGUUGCCGAACAAGUCGGCUCCUAAAUGCCACAAACCCGGAAGUACCGUAUUUUUUGCUCUAUAAGACGCACCAGACCACAAGACGCAACUAGUUUUUGGAGGAGGAAAACAAGAAAAAAAAUAUUCUGAAUCUCAGAAGCCAGAACAGCAAGAGGGAUUGCUGUUCUGGCUUCUGGGAUAGCUGUGCAGCCUGCAUUCGCUCCAUAAGACGCACACACAUUUCCCCUUACUUUUUAGGAGGGAAAAAGUGAGUCUUAUAGAGCAAAAAAUACAGUAAGUGUUCUGGUUUGCGAAUGUUUUUUGGAAGCUGAAUGUCCGAAGCGGCUUCCGCUUGAAUGCAGGAAGCUCCUGCAGCCAAUCGGAAGCUGCGCCAACAGUUUCAGGAGUCAAACGGACACCCAGAACGAAUUAAGUUUGAGAACCAAGAUACCACUCUAAUUUGUUACUGUGUGUGUGUGUGUGUGUGUGAGAGAGAGAGAGAGAGAGAGAGAGAGAGAGAGAAUGAAUGACCAAUGAAAAGGGUUAAAGGACCCUCUGGAAUACUGUGGGAGGUAGCAUGGAGGAGGAAUUGCAGGAGUAAGGGGUGCUAGGUGAAAAUCACCACCCUUCCUCCAGUGAGAGCCUCUGCUUGAGACCCUUCCACCAAUCAGAGGAGCUCUGAUAUUUUCAGGAAGGGUAUAUUUGGAUCCAAAUCACUGACUAGGCUCUCACUUUGACCAGUUACUGUGCUAAAAGCCUCAAAGAUGACUUAAGGGUGGCGCAUGCUCAUGGUAGCUUUGUAUACCCAGGUUCAGCACAUAAUUAGGCUUUGGGAACUGUACUGUGAAAAAGCAGUGUUUUUCUUCUGAUCCACCUCCAUGUUCUUUGCAAUUAGCAGCUAUGUUGGCUGCCAGCCACAUAGAAAUGUUGAGGAUGUGUGCAGAUUUAAUAAAAUAGCAUAGCUUGUUGUGCAAUUUCAAGUUGCUUGUACACCUUUAAGUGUAAGAGCAGAGCUAUAGGAUUUGGAGGCCCAGGUGGUAUUGCCUUCGCACCUUAGAGGUAAUUGGGAGGAUCUAUGGUAGAUAAAGUGAUUCCAGCUGUGAAUUAGGUUGUGAAUUCUGUAUGCGAAGACUUGUUAGCUGAUGGAAAAAUGUAUCACCACCAAAGUGUCAGUUCUUUGGAUAGGUAUCUUUUUGGGGUGGGAAGACGGGAGAGUGACAUCAUCAAAAUGGUGACGAAAAAUGUGCUUAUAGUUUAUUUACAGAAUUGUUUAUUUAAUUCACUUGCUUGAGGUGUUUCAAGCUUGCACUCUUUUUCAAAGGCAGCACUGUUAGUUGGUUCUAAAGGCCCAGAUUUCCAUUCCCCAAGUGAUUCCCCAAAUAGCAAGGAGCUCAGAAGUAAUCUGAAUCUUUAGAACCACAAGCAUUGUACACCAGAAGUGGUUUAGUCAUGCUGGCCACAUAACCCAGAAAGCUGUCUGUGGACAAAUGCUGGCUCCUUUGGCAUGAAAGGGAGAUGAACGCCACAACCCCAUAGUUGCCCUUGGCUGGGCUUAACCGUCUAGAGGUCCUUUACCUUUACCUUUUUACCCCUGGAAAAAGAGCAUAUCCGAGGAUUCAGUUAAAUCAAAUGAUUACCUAAAUAGAAUUCUUUUCAGGAGCCAAGAGCUCGUGUCUUUUUCUUUUUUUGUUACAAGACUACCGUGAACUCUGCAUUCUGCUCUGACUCAACUGAAAGGCUACUUACAAAUGUUCAGUAAAGGUUAUUGAACAUUUAUUUUUCUAGAAAAAGAGGUGCUGGAACUCACCAUGAACACCUCCCUUAUUCUCUUAUAAUGACAAUGGCACUUACCUGAGAGGUGUUGCUGAAAACAGCUCUGGAAAUGUCAUAAUACAAUAACAUCUAUCUAAGGCAUUCUCAUAGUGCACACAUUGAAAUAAAUGGGCUUGUUACUGCAAUCCAUUGAUCUUAGUGAGUGUACUUUGAGUAUUACCUGGUUGGCUAGUACUUAUAGUGUUUCAGGGUGUUUUUUCCAUAUAUAGCAUGUAAAUCUUGAGAUGUAUUUAGACUUGGACCUGUUCUGUUCUUACAUAUUUUAUAUGUAAAUUGAUUUAAUAUUUUAUUAGGAAUUUUAUUCUUAGCUGCUGAUGCUUUUCCUGGGAAUAAAUUCAGUAUAUCAGGAAUUAUUAUUUAUUAUGUUUCUGUCCCACUUUUCCUCCCAAAGGAGCCCAUGGUGACAAACAUCAAAAUGUUAAAAUAAUGCAGUUUUAAAUAAAAAAUAAAAAUGUUAAAAAUAUUUAAAAAUAAUCAUUUAGAGCAUCUAAAAACAUUUAAAUAAUAAUGUACCUCACAGUUAUUAAUUUCAGGGUUACAAUAUCCUGUAACUUUCAGGCAUCAAAUGCUUAAUUAAAUAGGAUGUUUUUGAAUAGUCACUAAUGAGGGAUACAACUUAGCAGGAAGGAGAUUCCACAGACAAUCACUUCCGAGAAGGCCUUGUUGCAGGUCUGUGCCAAGAAGGCAGCAACCAGAGGUGGCACCACUACCUAUUAAUGACUUAGAAUGAAAUUUCUGGUGUAUGUGGUUUUAUAAAAUAAAAACAGGAAACAAAAAUAGGUAUAUAAAAGAUUAUUACUUAACUUCACAAAGAGUCUAUAAAGGUGCAUUUUUAACUUUGUUCCCCCCUUUUUUUUUCAGGGAAAUGAGGCAAGCUACCCACUGGAAAUGUGCUCACAUUGUAAGUUCAAAGCUACGUUAACACUUUUUUCUACUAAGCUAUGAUUUUGAAGGCUCUAUAUAAUGUAAUUGUAACAUCUUUAUAACUUAUUUCAUAAUUUUAUAAAUUAUGUCUUAGUGCAGUUUUUAGUUAUUGCAUCCUUGUAAUGUAUGCUUCUUCAAGUGAAUACUUGGGGUUGAAUCCAACAACGUUUGUGCACAAGCAGAAUGGAAUUCCACUUGCACAGUAUGAUGUCCUCACACUUCACAAUCAAUUUCAAAGGGUAGGGGAUUGAACAGAUCUUGGUGGUGUGUUGGGAGCGGGGCUGUGUCUGUGUCUGUGUCUGUGUGUGAGGGGAGAGGGAGAUGAAAUCCCGUUGUGUAAGUGGAAGUACGCUUGCACAACAUUGAAUUGCACCCUUAAGUAUUUAUGGUAGAGUCUAAACCAGCAAUUAAAAACCCAUGCUAAUGUGCAGAAUGUGCAUCUAUUCCGGUACAUCAUCUGUCAUGCUAGCUGUUCAGAAACCUCCUAUAUAGCCUGAGACCUGUGAAUGUAUCUGCCCUCCACAUAGAAUCAUCUUGCCAGACAGGGCUUCCACCUUACACGGAGACACACUGCUCAUGUUGACACUGUAUGUUUCAACACACACACAACAGUAUUAGUAGGGCUAUUCAGGCCCCCCCCCCCCCCGCAUUUCAAUAUGAAUUUGGUAAUCCGGAUUGGCCCGGAUGCGAUCCAGACUUGAUUCCAGAAUUGAGAUGGUGAUCAGGAAAAACUAAUAUUUGCAAAUCUAAACAAAAAAGAGAGACAAGACAAUAAACUAACCACUGGUAAUAGAAUGAGGGCCUGGUAGUAUAGGAAAGAAUUACACGCACCAAGAGAACAGCUGUGCUUUCAAAAAUAGGGCCAAAAUACCCCAUGCACAGCACAAACUGGUUACACAGCCCCGGUUUUUAGGCUAAGACACCCUUCUGGGUUUCUUGAAUAUGACAUGAUUCUAUGACAUAAGAAUGUAACUAAAGAACAGAACAGUUUUAUUGGGUACCCUUUCAGUCUUUAGCCAACAGGCCCAGCUCCUUUGAGUUCUCUCCCACUUCCCAAUUUAUCAAAGAUCCAUUUUUAAAUUGUAAACCUUUAAAACAAGGUUACAUCUUGCCUUCUGUCAUUUAUAAUCACAAAGUUGCACUAUCUAGGUUUCAAGCAUCUGCACUGGUUUCUUGUAGUCUUUUGGCCUUGAUUCAUGAAGUUCUACAUACUGAGGGGGAUCACUUUAUUUUCCUGUAUCCUGACACAAUCAUUGAAAUCGAGCAGUUUCGAAGCGAAAUGGUGUGCAGGAAUGCAUCUUUCACAGUAAUUCCUACAAUAUUCCUAUAGGCAUGGCUCACCUUAUUUUCACAAAUGGUGGUCUGCAUAAAAUCACCAGUGAAUUCAUUAUUAUGUUUUGAUUUGAAACAAGAAUUAAUAAGUUCUAUCUUCAUCAUAGUACUUACUCCUGCACAUGAAUUUCAUAAAUUUUGAACAGCAUAAAUAUACAAAGAGGUAGGCGGUUUCCUAGCUCCAAAUUAUACUUCAACUUUAGACACCUAAAGCUUGGUGUCUUCUGAAGGCAGUAUGAGGUUUUUUUUUAUUACAGCAGAAUUGACUGACUGCAGUUGACAGCCCUUUUAAUUAUUUGCAUAAUACAUUUAAUCUUUUUAAAAAUGUUAUGUAACUCUUAUGGGAAAAUUACAGAAUAAAGUUCUGCUAGAAUUAGUACUCUGUCCAUAUUCAGACAGAGCAAUCUUAACCCUUAUCUAGGGAAUGAUUGGAACAGCUGAGCCACACCACCAUCCCAUUCAAAAUUCUGGGUUAAAAAUGGGGGGAUGUUUUGAGGAGUGGUGCCAAGGUGCAGUGGUGCCAAGGGACCCAGAUCAGACCCUUUUUGAGGGUGAAUCAUCUCCCCCAUCACUAGUGAGCCUGGGCUUCAUUUUACCCCCCAGAAACAAACACCAGAGGGUUAGAAUUGCUCUCUCAAACUACCUUCUUCAAUAUGAGAAUUCCUUGUUUUCUCACAGACACAUUUGAAUUCUGUUCAAAGGAGAAGUAAAACUGUAAAUACAAAGCAUUUUCUGCAGCCAUCUUUAUUAAUAAACUGCUAUAUGGCAGGUUUGGGUUUGUUUCCCUGUUAGAUGCAUGGCAAGUAAAGCUAAACUGUUUUACUCUGCCUUUCAUUGUGACUGCAACUUUUCAGGUGUUGAUUUCUUGUAACAGUUGUAGUUUAAACAAACUUUUAAAAAUCGAUUGUGUUCCACCUUUUGAUGGAAAUUUUUUAGCCAGACUUAGAAGUUUUUCAGUACUCAUGCAGAAAUGAGGUCCUGGAAUGAGACCAUGCCCAUCCCAUCAAUCAAGAAAACAGAUUUGAUUUUCUUCUCUCCUGCAGAAAAGACAGCUGUGGUGAAUUCAGUUCAAUGCAAUCUAAGCUAGUAUCUGAAUAGCACCUUUUGUAUUUCUACCUAAUCACAAGGAAUUGAAAUUGAUACAAGAUUUAAAUGAUUGAAUUUCUUUUUGAAUGAUUAUUAGCUGACUCCUUUUUGAAGAUCCUUGAUGAUGUUAUAUACAGUUUAACAGAGCGAGUCUAUGAUAAAGCAGGAUGGAUGUUUAUAUAGUUGAGCAGCCAUGUGACUAGAAUUAGCUAGUAUUAUCACUCCUUUGAACAUUUGAGUCAGCAUACUGUAGUUUAUAGUGAGCUGUAAGGUUAAAUGUGUCAUGGCAUGCCCUGUGAAAAAAGGUGAGCAAUUUGAAUUGGAAAUGUUUAAAGCUAACCCUUUUGUAUAGAAGUAUGCAGAGUUACUAUAUACUUUUAAAGAAAUACCACUGCAUUACAGUAAGUCAUUGCUUCAUAUAAAAUAGUACAGUGAACUGUUUCUAACAAUAUACUUUUUUCUCUUUCCUUCCACCCCAGUUGAUGCAGAUGAGAUUAAACGAUUGGGAAAGAGGUUUAAAAAGCUUGAUUUAGAUAAUUCUGGUUCUCUGAGUGUGGAAGAGUUCAUGUCUUUGCCUGAGUUACAACAGAAUCCACUGGUACAACGAGUAAUAGAUAUAUUCGAUACAGAUGGGAAUGGAGAGGUAGACUUCAAAGGUAAGAAGCCAUUCUCUCUGGAUAUAUUAAAUUUAAUAUGUGAAAGCAGUGUGUUCACACUUGGACUCUAGUUAGAACAUUCUGCUGAAACUUGGCUUUUUGGUUUUUUCCAGCUCAAUCCUAUACAUGUCUGCUUUUUCAGUCCCAUUUAGUUCAGUGAGACUUACUCUCAGGUAAAUGUGUGUAGGAUUGCAGGCAUUGUUUGAAUUAGUACAUCCCAUAGAAUAUGCGUGAUAAUUUGGUUCUUUGCUUGGGAAAUGGUUCAUGAAGUAAGGAGGAGGAAAUGGAAUAUUCACCGUUUUGGGGUACUAUUUUGUGAAAUUUAUGUUACUGCUCAGUUGUGUUUGGUGAAGGACCUCUAAUUUUCCAAGUGCAUAGAAAGUUGUCUUUCCUAUAGCAUUAUAGGGAACGUACCAAUUUAAAUAAUGGUAUUAUGUAAGAUCAUUUCCCUUAAGAUCUGACUUGUGACUAAGGCUGCAGUUUUAUCACAUACUUAUGAGUAGUCCCUUGAACCCAGAGGGGUUUGCUUCUGAGUAGGCAUGCAUACGAUUGUGAAUGCUGAUAACUUGUGAGGCUGUUAACUGCCAGAAUAUAUUUAAAAACAUAUUUUGGCUUUUACUUACUUAGGCUUGUUAGAAGAAAGUCAUAAUCCAGCAAAGGUUCAGCAAUUUUUUUCCUGUUUCAAUGGGAGGUAUUUUAAACAUAUUCUUAAUUUUCCCAUUAAUUCAAUAUUACUUAAAGGAGCUUUACAGAGUCAUAAUUUGGGUGAUAUAUUACAUGACAGAAACUUAGCUCACAUAUUUGGCUAUAGUAAUCUUCACUGGUUAUUGCUUGUCACUACAGGGUUUGACACACAAAAUUUAGAAUGUGAACAUUGAAGCUCUUAUUUUAAAUUCUAAAAUUGGUCAAUAUCUGACCUUAACUAGGAUGUGAAUUUCAAAAACAUAAAUAGCUGCUCCACCAAAAUAAUACAUUUUUUCUGCAAACAGUGGCUGGAUCUCGUGCAUGUAUACAGAUAGUGGCUUAGGUCUGUGAGUUGAUAAUAUGCAAUUCAUAAUCUCAUUGUAGUAAUCAUCAUUUUAUGCCCUUGUUUCCUUUGUCAAAUCUUACCUCUAAUUUUUCUGUUUGCAGCAUAGGUCCCAAGGGGGCAGGGUCUAGGAAUGAGCAGCUUUCCUUCAUACUAGUACUGGCUUAAGUUAUUACCCAGAGUACCUGGGUAAUGUGGAAAUCUGGGGCCUUAAUAGGAUUAUCCUUUCACCCAUAUGCACAUCUGAACAGUAUUAUCCAUACAUUCUCCCCCCCCCCCUUAAACAAGGGAAGAGAAAUAAUAACCUGGAGUAUAUUUUAUUUUAAGCAUUUAUAUUCCACUUAUUUGCACUACCAAGACACUUUGGCCUCCUGAGAUAGGGUUGCAUCUAACAGCACCUUCAAGCAAUGAACUUGAUCAUUCAGGAGGAAUGCAACACUAUCCAGAACAGAGCACACAACCAUUCCCAAAUGAGACAAACAGUUCAAAUAAAACUAUGGAAGCAAUACAAAGCAAGGAGUUCAGGAAGUUUUCUCCCUUCAGUUUUAAAGGGAAAGCAUGCUAGGUAUGGUAAACAAUAGCCUCACAUUUGAAGAUGGGUCUGUCUGUCCUAAUACUCUACAACUAGAUAUUCCAGUGAGCACAACCCAGCUAUACUGAUUUGCUCUGCCUGAAGGUAUUCUUCCACCCAAUAAAGUAUCAAAGAUGUGCAUAACUAUGGAAGCCCUUUAGUUGUUAUGUUCUUAUAUUGCAGGACACUUACAUUUGUAUAUUUUAAGUCACCACCUACUUUUAAUUCAGCCUUGACAUACUUUCAAGCUUUUGGAUAAGGUUAGGAUUUGCAAUUAAAGUGUCAUUUGUGUGCAGCAUUUUAAUGAAAAGCCACAAUAUUACAAAUUAGAAGGAUGACUUCAGCACUUAAAAACUACAUUAUUUAUGUUUAAUAGUUACGAGGCCUGCUGCUCACAUGCAGUUUUUCUACAUAUUUUUACUGAAUUUGACUGGUGCCAAACUAUAGUGACUAUAAAUAUAUGCUUGUCUGCCUCCCUUGUUAAAAUGUAGAAUAUUUUUUACCUUGGAGGGAGUAGGUGGGGGACUUAGAAGUCAUAGCAUCGGAAAUGCAGUCAACUUUGGUUGUUUUCAUUCUUUAUUGCCACCUCUUUUAGUUGUCAUAAUAUCAAGCCUCUAACUGUGAGUUGGAAACUAUGGGUGCUUUUAGUUGGGGGCGUUACCUCAAAAACUUCUUAUUCAGAUUCAAUUUUUGAGUGUACAAUGGUCACACAAUUAUCCACACACUCUCAUUCUUUCAGUCAUGAUGUUCCUUGCUUUUACACCACCUGCCGUCCCCAUGAGUGGGCAGAGCUUGAUGAAACCAUAUGUAGACUGCUUUUCUCUCAUUUCCUUCAGUCAUUCCCCUGCCCUUUGCUAACAUUUUUUGUUCUGGUCAUGCAUGCAGAUAUUUCUAUCCCUGUGCACAGAUACCUUAAAAAGAAAUCCAAGAAGUGCAAAAGAGCACAAUUGUGAACAUUAUAAGUGUUAGCAUGUUCCACAAUGGGCAAAAUGAAAGCAGGGGUGUGUGUGGAGGGGGCGGGGUAAUGAUUUCCAUUUGGUUUUUCUUCAUAAAUUGAUACUGAGGUCUUGUCCAAGACUAUUAAUUUACCUAACUAAGGCUUUUAGAGGGACAUGGGUGGCACUGUGGUCUAAACCACUGAGCCUUGGGCUUGCCGAUCAAAAAGUCGGCGGUUCGAAUCCCCGUGAUGGGGUGAGCUCCGGUUGCUCGGUCCCUGCUCCUGCUCACCUAGCAGUUCGAAAGCAAACCAAAAAGUGCAAGUAGAUUAAUAGGUACCGCUCCGGCGGGAAGGUAAAUGGCAUUUCCGUGCGCUGCUGUGGUGUCGGUGUUCCAUUGCGCCAGAAGCAGCUUAGUCAUGCUGGCCACAUGACCCGGGAAAAACUGUCUGUGGAGCGGAGAAACGCCAGCUCCCUCGGCCUGUAAAGCGAGAUGAACGCCGCAACCCCAGAGUCGUUCGUGACUGGACUUAACUGUCAGGGGUCUCUUUAUCCUUUACCUUUUUAAGGCUUUAAGAAGAGUGAUUAAGAGGUCUUUCACAACACCCCACUAUAUUGUUUUGAAAACUAGAAAUGAGAUUAGUCUCUGAGGAGUAAUCCCCUACAUGCUUUGUAGAGCUCAUGAGAGAACAGUUGCUCUGAAAUUUGCCUUCUGAAGGUGGUAGUUGGUGGAAGUAGUUAGGCGCAUCAGAAGAGAAUGGCUAGGUUAUGCUCACGUGAGGAGCAAACAGAAGUAAGGGUAUGGUGAUAGGGGGCCACUGACCAAAACAUUACCAAGCAUGUGGUGAAAUAGGGCACCAACCUGAAAGGAGCUAUCACACUAGCAGUGACUGUGUAUAUAUUCUCUGCAGAAUGGAUAAAUGGAAAUCAAUCCAAGAAAAACUAUUGACUGGCAUUUUAAAUUACUUUGUGUGGACACUGCAAAAAGUCUAUGGUAGCAUCAAUUCCACCUGGAAGCACUCUACAUAUCUUAAAUGAAAGCUGAGAUUUUUAUGAGUAUUGUGAAGCCCAUAGGAUGUUGUAGCACACAAAAACAUUGACCAACCUAGGCAGACCACAUUCAGGAUUGACUUACUUCGAGAGAAUGCUAGACAUGCAUUACUGAAGUCCAGAGGGGGUAAUUGUAUGUUAUGUAAUAUGUAAAAUAUUUUAUAAAUGUUCUUCUUGCCUUUAUAGAAUUUAUAGAAGGAGUCUCUCAGUUCAGUGUCAAAGGUGACAAGGAACAGAAGUUGAGGUGUAAGUAUCAGAUAUUUCCUUAGCUGGCAAAUAAAGUUUGCAAUUGGGCAGUUGGGGGGGGGGGUGGAGAAGAAAAUCAUCAUUGAGAUGUCUGUUCUGUAAUAAAACAGUAAGUACUUUGAAAUAACUUGAAUAUCAUUUGAAAAUCCUUAAUUAUGUGAAGAAUGGAAAAUUAACAUACUAAAUCUUUUGUACAGUUCAAGGUGAAAUACACAGGCUUUGUGUUAGGAGUUGCUUUUUUUUGUAAUUGAAAGUACCUUAGUGGGUGUUUUAGAUUUGUAGGUGCAUCACUAAAGCUUUUCUGGCCCUGUUUGUUUUUUACACAAUGAAAUACUGUGCCUGCAAAUAUUGUGUCAUUUGCCAAUAAUAAAGCAUAGAAUGAUUUCUCCACCCCGCAGCCACCCAUAUAGAUAUACACCCCACUAGAGAAUUCAGACUUAAAGCUGUCCUAGCAUAGAAGGCUUUAUCAGUUUCUCCUUCCCUCUGAAAAGCUGCUUCAUAGGGUUGGGGAACCCUCUGGAACAGUGUGGGAGGUGGUAUUGGGGCCUUUGAAAGCACGUCAAAGUACAAGUAGAUAAAUAGGUACCGCUCCGGCGGGAAGGUAAACGGCGUUUUCGUGCGCUGCUCUGGUUCGCCAGAAGCGGAUUAGUCAUGCUGGCCACAUGACCCGGAAGCUGUACGCAGACUCCCUUGGCCAGUAAAGCAAGCUUAGCGCGGCAACCCCAGAGUCAUCUGCGACUGGACUUAAUGGUCAGGGGUACCUUUACCUUUAACAGGUAAAAAUUGUUUUCCCAGACCCUGCCUGGGAGCAAACGGGACAACUCUAGAUCAGCAGGGGUCAGCAAACUUUUUCAGCAGGGGGCCGGUCCACUGCCCCUCAGACCUUGUGGGGGGCCGGACUAUAUAUUUUGGGGGGGGGGGAAUGAACCAAUUCCUAUGCCCCACAAAUAACCUAGAGAUGCAUUUUAAAUAAAAGGACACAUUCAACUCAGGUAAAAACACGCUGAUUCCCGGAUCUCCCGCAGGCCGGAUUUAGAAGGCGAUUGGGCCGGAUCUGGGCCUUAGGUUGCCUACCCAUGCAACCCAUCCAUCUCAACAUGUUUAGUUAGAACUAAAACCCACUAAUAUAAGUGAAACAUAUUUCCAGCUAAUUGGGUUUAGGGUUUCAACCAAUGUAACCAAUGUAACCAACUCUGAAAGGGAGUACGCCAAUCACUUUGUAGCCAGACAAUUACGGUGACAUUAUACAGUGUUUAGGAUUGAAAUGGCACAGCUGAUCUAAUAGAAGCUAUUUUUUCAUAUAUCUCUGAUACCCGAUAUGGCUGUAAAAAGACAAGAUGUCUAGAUGAAGUGUGUAACACCGAUCUGCAGUAAAAUGUUCCUGUCAAGUCUCUUCUUCACUCUUCCAAAGAAAAUAUAAAUUUUAAAAUAUAAAUUUUAAAAAAUACCUGAAAGAAAGUUGAUCUUCUGUCUUUGGAACUUCACUAAGUGGUGAAAGUAAGAGCCUUGGCUUCAAUUAGGAAACUGAAUGAAUGGUAUAAAUAAAUGCUAUAAAUAAAUACUCAUUGACUUAGCUGCUAAGAUAAAGAAUGAUUUAUGAACAUUCAACUGCUCAGAAGUUAUUAAACAAUCAGAAUAAGUCUGUUGUGUUAAUAGAAAACAGUGCAGAAAAGGAGAAAGGGUAUCACCAGCGUGUGAGAGAAAGAAAACAUUGAAUGGGCCACAGAAGUCAUAUUUGCUACUGAGCUUUUCUUAUCUUGCAGUUGCUUUCCGUAUCUAUGACAUGGACAAAGAUGGCUAUAUCUCCAACGGGGAGCUCUUCCAGGUUCUGAAGAUGAUGGUUGGGAACAAUCUCAAAGAUACCCAGUUGCAGCAAAUUGUAGACAAAACCAUAAUAAAUGCAGAUAAAGAUGGUGAUGGAAGAAUAUCCUUUGAGGAAUUCUGUGCUGUAAGUUCAUUUUUAGUAAAGUAUGUUCAUAUACACAUUUUUCAUUUUCAACUUUGCCCUUGCAGAUGAUGUCGUUAUUUCCUAGAAAAUAACCCAUUUAACUUAUUCCAUUGUUUUCUUCGACAUUCGUCUUAAAUUCUUUACAGGAUAACGUAUUAAUUUUGCUUUAAGCCCUUCCCAUUUUAAGACUCCUUGUUGACUCAACUGUCCUCUGGCAGUUCUUUUCAUUCACAUCAUAUGGGCAUUCUGGAGACUUGACAUAAAUAGCCUCCUGCUACUGCUUGCUUCAUUUAUCAUAGAUUAAAGCUUCCCCACAUUCAAAUGUUUUAGGUCUUCAGAUGUGAGAAAAUUUAGGGUUAAGUUUAGGGAGUGGGGUUUGUUUAGUUUAGUUUAAUGUGUAUAGUUUUGAGUUUAGCUUGUGUAUUGCAUUGUUUAUAUAUUGUAUUUUUUUUUGUUUUUUCUUUCCUUCUUUGCCUUUUUUUCUUUUUUUUUUCUUUUUUCUCUUUUUGUAAUCUAUAAAAGUAAUAAAUAUUAUUUUAAAAAAAAGAAAAAUUAGGUUGGCUACAAGAAUCUGUUGCAAAACUAAAUUGUAAUUUCAUUCUGUGCUAAUUAUACCCACUUGGUAAUUUAGGGGUGGGCAGGCCACUUAGACUGCCCACCUGUCAAUUGCCUGAUGUCAUUAUGACACGAGGCGAGCAAUUUUUCCUCUGCAGCGUGCAGAUCAUACUACAAAAGGAAAUACAAGCCAAUCGCUGCUUGAAGUUGCUGUUCAACAGCUUGAUAGGCUGUGACUCCAAGCCAGUUUCCUGUACCAUGUUCCCAUGGAGAACUCAGUUGUACAGCCUGUCCGGUGGGCUUGAAGUCUCAACCUGUCAGCUGAUAGGCAGUGGCUUUAAAGCCCACUGGAGCCCCUCUUGCCCCACUAUUCACACAGUCCGCAGCCUGUGGGGAACUCUGUAGCCUAGCUGUCCCCAGGCUUUCUCUCACUGCCGAUCAGCAAGCCUCCAUUAUCAAUUUACAACUGAGAACACACUUUUAAGGCUCCCAGUUGUAUCCUGGCAACAAUAUCUCUACCUGCCCCACACUUGAUUCUGUGCUAAUUAUACCCACUUGGAUUAAUAUGUUGGCAGGUGGUCUUUUUUUUUUAAUUGGUAUCGUUGGCCAAAUUGGCACCCAUAUAGGGCCCAAUUAGGCCCACGAGCCAGACCUUUAAUGCCAUAACUGUCUUGCAUACUGUUUUUGACUCAUUGCUUAGGGUUGUGGCCAAGGAAGCCAUUGCUUCGAUGGAAAGAUUUCUGCUCAUGCACAGAACUUUGCCUCCCUUUCCUUCUGCCCACAUAAUCCCUGAAGGGUUGGGGGGAAACCCCAGAGCAGAUUUGGGGGUGUGCACACUGGAGGCAUGUGGGAGGAAGAGGGAGGUAUCUUUGCGUGAACAGAAGUUGUUCCACAACUACAACCCUGAAUUUAUGGAAACUGACCUUUCUUGAGGUGAGAGUCUAUUUCUGUGAAGAGCAGAUCAGAAUCAGUUGAUUUUAAUUACCAGCCGAUACUCUACUCUCUUGUGAAUUCUCAUAUAAUAUUCUUAUAUCAACAUUUCAGGUUGUAGGAGGCCUAGAUAUCCACAAAAAGAUGGUGGUAGAUGUGUGACUCUUUAGGACACCACCCAACACUUUUGCUUUCUUCUCCAUCUCUGAAGAUCUGCUCAAGACGUCCAGCAACGCUCUCUGUGUAUUUAAAUGGAAGUAUUUUUCUCUGUGAAGCCACAUUUUCCAACAUGAGCCUCAUGAAGCCAACUAAGUGUUAUUGAACUUUUAUUCUCUCAAUAACUCAAGUGUAGCACUUUAAAGUCUGAAGGACAGCAAGAUGGAAAGAGCAUAUCAGUGUGGUGGAGAAAGGGAAGGGGGUUGGCUUUUUAAUUUAUUUUUCUCAUCUUUUAUAACAAGAAAAUAUCUAUCUAUAUAUAUGUGUGUAUUUAUAUAUAGAUAUAUAUGUAGCUUUCUAUAUGUAGUAGUUAAGUGGGCUUUAAUUUAAUAUACUUGAUUCAGAAACAAAAAUAGAGUACAAAGUGCCAAGCAGAACAUUAACAGUUCAAUAUAUGGAUAUACAUCUUUACUUUUAUGUCACACAGUUUUAUAUAUAUAUAGUAGAAGAAUGUAAAGUUUUAAAUGGUUGUUAGGUCAACUCUUUCCUUUUUCCUGUGACUAUUUCAAAUAUUUAUAUAUUGACUGGCAGAGAAAGCAUUGUUUCCUGUUAAUUUCCCUAAUUACAUUUUUGUAAGACAGGAAACUGAAGUUUGUUUAUAUACCUGUUGAUAUAUUACCAGGGACUGCAUCUUUGCUCGAUAGCUCUCAGUACAAUUCUACUUAUUAGGAUGAGAAAAUGUAAUUUAAUGUUAAUGCCAAGAACUAGUCCUUGUGUGCAAAUAGGAUUUAAAAGAUGCUUAUGGCCAUUUCAUCCCUUCACUUACUAAAUGGAUGCAGUUGCACAUAAUAUACCCUUAGUAAGCAUCAGCUGUGAUCCAUUAAGUCUAGAUAGAACAGUUGAAAGUAUUUGCAUUUGUUUCUCAGCACUUAGCUUAAUUAAGAAUUUAGGAUUAACAAGACAAUUGUAUAGAGUUCCCAUUGCACAGUGAGACUAUAAAACCUUUCUUGCCAUUAAGUUAUGUCCCAACCAUAUAGAUUCUUUUAUGCAUUUAAUGUAGUAGUUCCAAGUUGCAUAAAUAAACUGGUAAUAUUUUAUAUAUGUGUAUAUAGGAUUAUUACGGAUAUUACGGGGGAAACAUUAACCAAUGCCAUAGGGAAGGAGGAAAGCUUCACUUUAUCUAAAUUUAUACCUCUUGUUCUUCUCCAGCAUUUGGAGAGGGUUUUUUUUUUUUUCUAGAUUUGUCCAUAUCAUGACUUGUAAUGGAUAGUAACUUUAUAUGUGUGAUAUAAAAGUAGCGAGCCAUGUUCUACAACUUUAUAUCAUCCCUUUCCUUUUCUGCAAUGGUACUAUUGGCUAGAAGAAAAACAUUCAUUAGACUUUUUAGGAUAGCGCACCCUUUCCUGUGUAGCAGUUUUUCCUAUUUAAAAGGUUUUAUAAUUGGCAAUGGAAAGGGCAGGCUGUAUGGACUUAAAAUCAGCUGCCUGCCUACCUGCCUGCCAUAGCUGUUCCUUCAACUGAGUGCUGCACAUCAUGGGCUCUGUCUGUGAAGAGAGAAAUCGAGGUGCUUGGUGUCCUUGCAUGACAUGAAGUUUUGCAUGUAGAUCGAUUUGAAACGUUCCUCUUGUUUACAUGAUUUGCAUAAUUUAAAACGAUAAUGUUGCCAAACUUUGGUAAAUGUUAAAAACAGAGAAUCUCCACUACAUGUAACUUUCUUCCUCUGGAUCAGUCCGUGGCUUAGAAUCCCAGCCAGUGGUGGUAUCUGUUCCAGUGUCAACUGCCAUGUGCUCUGCUUCAAGGGGGAACUAGUCUUUUGUGAAUUUUUUGUACAUAAGUAUUUGUUACAAACAUUUUAGCAAAUGCUUUCUAUUUCUUAAUUGCUUGUGCAUAUCCUGGCUGGCGUUAUAGAAAAAUAGUGCUAACAUUACUUUCUUAUUUUGGGGGGGGGGGGGAUGAGCCUUUUUUUUUUUUUAGUUUGUGUGUGGAAAAUGCGUUAUGUUGAAUGUUUAGAUUUUCCUCUGCAUGCUUCAUCAUACACAGUUGGAACUAUAGGAACCUUCAUACUGUAUGAAUAAAAAAUAAAAUAUUUGAACUUUACCAUAGAAU